AUGACGGACCCCAGUAUCUCCCCGAGUCCCCCAUCGCCGGCGGACAUCUACGACAUGUAUAUAGAGCCAAACCGUUCUACUAUAGUCAAUGGAAUAGACCCACGGGAAUAUUUUGACCAGUUGAGAGAGCUGCGCGUUCUGACUGGUGAUGAUACGGAGUUGAUAAUGAACAAGUACCACACGAGACGGACAAGGGCGAGUUUCAUGCUUGAUAUUCUUCAAACAAGGGGGAACAGUGGUUGCCAGCAUUUCCUUAAUGUGAUGGAAUAUCAUAACCCAGACACAUACCAGGUUAUCACAGGGGAAACUCCCAGAGAACCCCCAUUAGAUUUUAAGGUGACAAGAUUUAGUUGUAACAUGAACUUGGCGAACAACCUACCAGAAACCAUAAGGUCACUACAGGAGCAAGCACAAGGGAAUGUGGCAAUGAAACAGAAGCUUGAAGAACUGGAGACAGGUCUUCAAUUUGCACAGAAUGACAAAAAAGAACUAGAAAACGAAACUGAGAUACUGAGAAUAGAAAACCAGUCCCUUUCCCACAGACUUCAGGCACUGGAGAGGAAUUGUAGCAGUAUCGUGGAGGAAAAUAGCAAGCUGAAAGAUGCGUCAAUGGAAUACCUUAAAAACAGUCUGGAGUACACAAGGGAGAGAGAGGACUUUCGAGAGAGGUGGAGCAAUUGUCAGUACAAACUUGACCAGCGGGAUAGAGAGAUUAUAGAACUGAAGGGGGCUCUGACCGAUGCCCUUUGUCCUAAAUGUAUUCAGGAUGAAACAGACACAUGCUUGCAACCAAUGCCGGCUAAGGUACCAGCGGCAUUGGGUUGUGAUGUUCUCCAAGAACGCCAGGAGGUGGAAAAACAAAUCCUGAAAGAGGAGCGUGAUGAAGCCCAACAGAAUUGUGAAGAUAUUAUGGAGCGAAUGGACAAAUUAGAAGUACAGCUUUCUGACUACCAGGACAAAUGUGUUGAGCUUGAGGCAAGAGUGCGGGCCUUAACGAAGGAGAGAAAGAAACUCACAACAUUUUACAUAGAUCGUAAAAAGAAAGUUGAAGAGUAUUUUGACAGGAUAAAAGAGUUGGAAAAUGAGAAGAAAAUAGUAAGUAAAAUGUGUAAUUGA